GGAGAACCACAUUGCAUUUUCAUUUCCUACAGAGCAUAGAAACCCUCUCUCUCUCUCUCUCUCUCUCUCACUCACUCUCUUUUUCACUCUCUCUCUCACUCCUCCAACCAUUCUGAAUGUGAAGAAGUUGCUGUUGAAGGGUAUAGUGUAGAGUGGGGUGUUCUAUUCUUCUUGGAAGUGCAAAAUGAAUGACGGUAGGCAAAUGGGGUUGCAUUAUGUAGACGCAGGGUUUCCUUAUGCUGUGAAUGAAAACUUUGUGGAUUUCUUUCAAGGAUUCUCUCAUGUGCCCGUCAAUUAUGCCUUUGCUGGUUCAAUGCCUGAUCAGGAAAGUGUCUACUGGUCAAUGAACAUGAAUCCCUAUAAGUUUGGAUUGUCUGGCCCUGGUAGUACAUCUUACUAUAGUUCUUAUGAGGUAAAUGGUCAUUUGCCGAGAAUGGAGAUUGACAGGACUGAGUGGGAAUACUCUUCGACAAUUACUGCUGUGGAACCAGCUACAACAGAUUCUCCGCCUAGAAGAGAUGGAGUCUCUAGCAUGCAGACCAUCCCUGAAGAAUGCAGUCCAAAUCAUCUCGAGUCCAAUAGUAGUAGCCAGGUCAUAUGGCAAGACAACAUCGAUCCUGAUAAUAUGACUUAUGAGGAACUACUGGAUUUGGGAGAGGCAGUUGGGACUCAGAGCCGUGGUCUUUCACAAGAACUUAUUGAUAUGCUUCCAACCUCGAAGUACAAAUUUGGUAGCUUAUUCAAAAGAAAAAAUUCUGGGAAAAGGUGUGUAAUCUGUCAGAUGACAUACAGAAGAGGUGACCAGCAAAUGAAAUUGCCAUGCAGCCAUGUGUAUCAUAGUGAAUGCAUCACCAAGUGGCUCAGCAUCAACAAGAAAUGUCCUGUGUGCAACACUGAGGUUUUUGGCGAGGAAUCAACGCAUUAGCAUCAAGAUGGCAAAAGGGAUCCUUUUUGUCCAUUAAUUUUUGCUUCUCAUCCAACUCUUUCUGUCUCCCUUUCAAGUUUUCAUUUCUUACACGUAGGUAGGUGUAAUAUGAAGAACUAUGGAAGCUCUCAAUAUAUGUUUUGUUUACUAGAACAACCUAAUGGAGACUCAUCUUAUGUUUAAUGUGUGAUUUUGUGUGUAUUCAAUAUAUUCUCUUUUAAGCUUUA